GAAAUAUUUUUCUCAUAUCCGUGUAUUGGUGAUGUUACAGAAAAUGGAAAAUAAGCCGAAUUUCGAUUACCAUGAAGAAACUCAGGCUGAGAAAUUAACACGCAAGGCUGAGGAAUCUCCUUUUAUGAUAAUCGGGUUAAGCGGUCUUGCGGCGGCUGUCGGCUACGGAGCCUACGCAUACAAGAACCGUGGUCGGAUGAGCACCAGCGUAUACCUAAUGCAGUUCCGUGUGAUAGCGCAGGGAGCCGCCGUCGGAGCUCUAACACUCGGCAUAGCGUACAGCCUCUACCAGAAUCACUUCGGAAAGAAGGACAUAAUUCCACCCAAUGUCCUCUCUAAUAAAAACGAACACUGAUGAAAUACUUACCAAAGUUUGGGAACCGAUAAGCAAAUUGCACGAAUCCAUCAGAUGCGUGCGUGGAUCGGAUCUGCUAUUAGAUCUAAAGAUUAGUUUAAUUAAAAUGUGUCUAGUAAUUAUUUACUUAACUAUUUAAUAAAUUAAGGAAAUAAAAAGUUUUAAAGUGACAUAUCUUAAAAUCAAAAAAAGUGUAAUUACCAUAAAUAUUCAAUAUUACCUCCUCAAUCUGAGGUGGGUGAUGUGUUAUAGUCGCCAAUCGUUCUCCUUCAUUCAUACUUACUCUAUGCAUAACCUUAUAUACUGAAGUUUAUUAACUUUAUGACUAAAAGCAAAGCAUUGAUUUUACAGUGUCAAGUGCACAAACUAUAUAGUGAUGCUAGCGCAUUUAGCAAGUCAAGUUUGGUCAAGUGCAUUUAACUAAUGGUGUCUAACGCAUGCAUGAUGGACUUUAAUUUUAAGUAUUAAUCUUAAGAUAAUGAUCGACUGUUCUAUGUGAUAGAAGAAAUAUAGAAAUUGUUAUAAAAAACAUUAAUUUCUAACUUUUUUUUAUUUCCUAUCCACUUAUUAAUUCAUUAGGAAGGAUAUAACGUAUUUUGUUGGAUAUCGUUCUAUUUUAAAAAAGUAAUUGAAACUGUCAUACCCCAUGGUCGUACCCAACGAUAGGGUACCUAAACCCAUAGGAAAAAGUACAAGAAAUUCGGUAGUUUAUUAAUUUGUUUCAAGCACAUUUUAAAGUUCUGAAGUUCUGAUGCUCUUAUGAACCCAAAGAACAAAUUUCUGUUCUGUCUAUGGGUGCGGCCAGAGUGCACUCAGAUUCAGAUUCCGAAAACAAGCGCGA